AUGAGUCCCGAGCCAGGCUAUCCCGCGACAAGGACUGUCACCUAUGGCAGAUCCCACGCCCUUCAGACUAUAAGUGUCACACCACUAAACACAAACCAAGAUGGAUACUGGGUGAUCUAUAUUCAUGGUGGCGCAUGGCGAGACCCAACAGUCACUUCAUCUGCAUUCGAUAACGCCGCGACCAUCCUGCGCAACUCCCCAGACCUUCUAAUAUCCGGAAUCGCCUCAAUCUCCUACCGGCUAAGCGCACAUCCAAGCCAUCCUCAAGAUCCCGCUACCACUCCACCAAAUGAACACCGCAAUGCGAAACACCCAGAUCACAUUCGCGACGUCGAAGCUGCUCUCGCCUUCUUGCAGAACACUUACGCCUUUGGACCCCGCUAUGUCCUUGUCGGACACAGUUGUGGCGCAACGCUAGCCUUCCAGGCUGUUAUGGGCGCUGUGGCGAAUCACCGCGAACAAUCUUUCAACGGCGGAGCGGAUGAUGAUGGCGUAGGUGCGGAGCGGAUUUCGAUGUCCCCCGGUCCGCUACCACCGAAGCUGUCGGCGCAUCCGAUGGCGAUAGUGGGUGUCGCGGGUAUAUAUGAUUUGAGGAGGUUACAAGAUACGCAUCGGGAUAUUGGAGCUUAUAGAGAGUUCAUUGAGGGGGCCUUUGGCAAUGACGUAAUGCUCUGGGAUGGGGUGUCGCCGGCGCAAAUGGUUGGAUCGCGUGGUGUGGAGGGUGGUUGGAAGACCGGACGGUUGGUUGUGCUGGCUCAUUCCAAAGACGAUGAGCUGGUGGAUGAGGGACAGGUUGAAGAAAUGCGGGAGGCAUUGAGAGGGUGGGAAGCAGGGAAAGCUCAAAUUCCGGUGCGGGAAUUGUCAAGUCGUGAUAGACGAGUCGAGGUCCUAUCUAUUGAGGGUGCGCAUGAUGAAGCGUGGAUCAAUGGCGAAGGAUUGGCGCGAGCAGUCAAGUUCGCCUUUGUUGAGCUGCAGAAGAUGGGGUUGGCGCCUGAGCCCGAGAUCUUGGGCGGGCCUACCAUUAUAUAA